CCGUGGUUGCGGCUGUGGGCGGUCGAGCGGAGCGCCCGGAAGCGCGGAGCGGGACCCCGACAUGGCCUCUCUGGUCUUUGAGGACGUGGCUGUGAAGUUCACCCCGGAAGAGUGGGCUUUGCUGGAUCGAGGUCAGAGGAAGCUCUACAGAGAUGUGAUGCUGGAGACGUGCAGGCACCUGGCCGCCGUGGAGAAACAGAAAUUUCAUAGCAGUGGAGAUCUGACCCGAAUGCAGAAAGGGAUUUUGAGAAGUCCUUUGGUCGAGGGUGUCUGCGAACAUAUUAAAGGUGAUAAACGUGGAGAAACUCUGAACCCGGUUACAAGUCUUACUGUGCGUGAGGGGUGUCCUACUGGAGGCAAAUCCUGUCACUGCGGUAAGUGUGGAGAAGCCUUUGCAGACGGUUCCUUCCUCGAGAAUCUGCGAAGAUCUCCCCCAGGACUCAAACCGUGUCCUGGUGAGCAGUGUGGGCUGGCCUGCAGCUCCGUCCCGAGCCUCAGCCCUCACGUUGACCCAAAACUUGUAGAGAAACCCUUUGAAGGUCAAGACGCCGGGAGAGCAUCUGAGACAUAUGCUAAGAAUCUCAGAGGUAAAACAUCUAUAGAGUGCCAGAAAUGUGGAAAAGCUUUCACUUGCACGGCUUCCUUUAAACGUCAUGUUCAAGGUCACUGUGGACAGAGAGUCCAUGGGUGUGACGUGUGUGGGAAAACCUUCUUGUAUCACUGCUACCUUAUACGACAUGUGAGAAUUCAUACUGGGGCGCGACCCUAUGAAUGUCAGGAGUGUGGGCGAGCCUUCGGGUAUAAGUCAAGCCUACAAAACCAUGUGAGGACCCACACUCGGGAGAAACCCUAUAAAUAUCAGCCAGGUGGGAAAGCCUUCCCUGGUCAGUACUCCUUUCUAGCACCUGUGAGACGCCACACAGGAGAUAGAACCUUUGAAUGUAAGGAGUGUGGAAAAACUUUCAAGAAACGGCUACAUUUUGAAUGUCACAUGACCACACACAAUGUAGUGAAACCCUAUGAAUGUCAGGAGUGUAGGAGAUCAUUCAGGCAUUCAUCAGACCUGCGAGUUCACAUGAGGACACACACCGGGGAGAGACCCUAUGAAUGUAAGGGAUGUGGGAAAUCCUUCCGGAAGUAUCAUCAUAUUAAACGUCACAUGGUCAUUCACAGUCUAGUGAAACCCUAUGAAUGUAAGCAGUGUGACAGGGGCUUUGGGGAUCAAACACACCUCAGAAUCCAUAUGAGGACACACACCGGGGAAAGACCCUAUGAAUGUCAGCAAUGUGGGAAAGCCUUCAGAUAUCAAUGGAAUCUGCGAGGACAUCUGACGACACACACCAGGGAAAGACCCUAUGAAUGUCAGGACUGUGGGAAAGCCUUCAGGUAUAAGUCAUGCCUGCGAGAACAUGUGACGACGCACACAGGGGAGAAACCCCAUAAAUGUCAGGAGUGUGGGGAGGCCUUCAGGUAUAAGUCAUGCCUGCGAGAACAUGUGAGGAAGCACACGGGGGAGCGACCCAACAAAUGUCAGCACUGUGGGAAAGCCUUCAUUCGUCACUACACCCUCGUGCUACAUACUGCAAGGAGGCACUCAGGGGACGGACACUUGGAAUGUAAGGAGUGUGGGGAAACUUUCAGGAAGCAUCGGCCUUUUGAACGUCACAUGGCCACACACAGCGUAGUGAAACCCUAUGAAUGCGAGGCGUGUGGCAAAGCCUUCAGGUAUCACAGAGACCUGCGUAUACAUAGAGAGAACCACACUGAGGAAAAGCCCUCUAAAUGUCAGCACUGUGGGAAAGUCUUCAGAUCUCCUUCAAACCUGGGCGCGCAUAUGAGGACACACGCCGUGAAGAAACUGUUGAAGUGUAUGGAGUGCGGGAAAGCUUUCAGUCAGCUGCAAAAUUUAAAAAGUCAUUUGAAAACGCACAGCACAGUUAAACCCUAUGAAUGUAAGAGGUGUGGGAAGGCGUACAAGGUCUCCUCGUCUCUUCGAGUGCACAUGAAGAAACACCCAGGGGAGAGACCUUGACACGUCACCGCUCCCUGCGAGAGCCCGGGAGGCUGCACAGUGUCGGGAAGCCUUUGUUCGGAAGGACUCUGGUGAGACCGUCCAGUGUCCCAGUGCCCUGCCAGUACGUGCGACGGCCCUCCGUGGGCAGAACCUCGUGAAUGGCUUCUCUGUGUGAAAACCUUCCCUUGUCCCUCUUCUCUUCGAGGACACACGUGUGAGCACAGUGAUGUGAAGCAUUAUGAACUUAGGCACCAUGGGAAAGCCUUCAGGUAUCCCAGGAAUCUGUGAGCACGGACACCGUGUGGGAAAGCACUUAUUCUCCCUUUAAGUCUUUCUGAAAAUGCGAGCCAGUGCAAUGGAGAGGAUCCUGCAUGGACACAAUUUUGGGAAUAUUUCAGGUAUAAAUCUUCAUGUAUUUUGUUAAUAAGAUUUCAGGCAGGAGAGAAAUCUUUUCAUUGUUAUGAAUAUGGUUUUGAGUUUUCUGGUGCCUCUUCUGUAAUGGGGUUCCCAAGUGUAUAAAUUGCUAGUUUGUGCCACUGAUAUGAACACUGAUGAUUUUAAAUAUCCUUUUUUGUCCUCUAUAUCUCUAUGAUCUAAAUGUUAUUUCAGACUUGAGGUAGUCACAUGGUUAUGUACAACGUGUUUCUUUUCCAUUACAAUAUCUUUAGGACCCAGAGGUGAUGAGAAUGUGUCUAUUGUUGGUGUGUAUAUACAACCUUGAAUACUUUUACAAGAAAAAAAAAUAACUGAAUUUUACACUCCAAAAUGUUCCUGUUACAUCAUAAUGAAAUGAGACAUGUAUUGUUGAAAGUCAUUUUCUGUUUUCUGUUGUGAUACUGGAAUAUUAUGAUUUUAUGUCUCCUUUUCUGUCUUUAUUAUUGCGUGAUAAAUUUUCACAUCAA